AUGGGCGUCAAGCCCAGAAUCGACCGCCCGGUCGCAGUCAUCGGCAGCGGCGUCAUGGGCCGCCGGAUCGGCUGUGUCUUCAUCGCUGCUGGCUACCAUGUCCAUCUCCGGGAUUCCUCGCCGGUGGCCCUCCGCGAGGCGGCAGAGUACAUCGAUCACCACAAAGCCGAGUUCUCGUUGAUGCCGCGCAUUCAUAAGGCACGCGAAGAAGAUAGCCAAGGAAAUGUGGAUGAUCCCAAUGUUCACACUUCCAUUUCUCAGGUUGACCUCGAGUCAUCUACUUCUGCACCUUACGGUAUCUGUAAGACUUUUGAUGAUCUCGAGCCUGCUAUUUCCAAUGCUUGGUUGAUUGUUGAGGCUGUGCCUGAGGUGCUGCAGUUGAAGAUUGAUGUUAUGGCUGACUUGGAUAAAUACGCCCCGGCGGAUUGUUACAUCGGCUCGAACAGUUCCUCUAUGAAGUCACGCUUGAUGCUUGUUAAGGUCUCCCCCAAGCGUCAGCACAAAGUUUUCAAUAUCCACUUCGCUAUGCCUCCUUCUAUCCGAAUGGUCGAGCUGAUGACGUGUGGCAAGACCGAUCCCGAUAUCUUCCCUUACUUGGAGACUGUCUUGGGUGAGUGUGGCCUAUUACCAGUAACAGCUCGCCGCGAAUCGACCGGAUUCGUCUUCAAUCGCAUGUGGGCAGCAAUCAAGCGCGAAAUCAUACACAUCCUCUCCGAAUGCGUCAGCGACCCCAGCGAAAUCGACCUCCUAUGGGAGCACAUGUUCAAGAACGGGCCUCUCCCCUGCCAAUUGAUGGACCAAGUCGGCCUUGACAACGUCGCCUUCAUUGAGGACAACUACAUCCAGGAGCGAGGUCUCCCCUCAGCCCCGACCGUCGACUGGCUACGCAAGGAAUAUAUCGAACAAGGACGCCUUGGCAAGAAGAGCGAAAAUGGCGGCCUCUACCCUCCGCUUGCGAAAUCCUCUUCGGCAGAAGCGACUCCAGCCAACCCGCACAGCGCCGCAAAAGACAUCUACCUGCUGGACGUUGGCCUCGGUGGAAACACCAAGGACGUCUCACAGGUGCACUCGAACGGCAAAAUCCUACGCCUCAACCUCGCAACUCAAAAGCUCACCCCCGUCGUGGUCGGCCAAAACUUGCCCGACGGGAUCGACGUGUCAUUGUCGGCACAGCGCGUCUUCUGGACGAAUAUGGGCCGCAGCACGGCCGCCUGUGAUGGCUCGGUCUGGUCGGCUGAUUUUGACGGCGGCGAGAUGAGAUGUAUUGUCCCCGUUGGACAGGUGCAAACGCCCAAGCAACUCGCGGUUAUCGAGUCGCGGAGAGAGGUUUACUUUUGUAAUCGUGAGGGCACAAGCGUGCACCGCUGUGAUUAUGAUGGUAAUAACCACGCUAUCCUGGUGCAGCGCCGUACGGAGCCUGGCUCGAGUCUGUUGGAACAGAUGACACUUUGGUGUGUAGGUGUUGCUGUGGAUUCUGAGCGCAGUCUCUUAUAUUGGACACAGAAGGGGCCUUGCAAGGCUGGCCAUGGCCAAAUCUUUUGCGCUGGCUUGGAUAUUCCUCCUGGCGAAACUGCUGAGAAUAGGACUGAUAUACGGUGUAUGUGGAACAAGCUGCCUGAGCCUAUUGAUAUUGAGUUAGAUAGCGAGAGUCAGACCCUGUACUGGACGGAUCGUGGGGAGCACCCUUUCGGCUGCACGCUGAACCGUGCGUAUGUUGGUGGUGAAGAUAUGGAUAUGGAAAAGGUUAUUCUAGCGCGUCACUUCCACGAGCCAAUUGGGUUGAAAUUGGACAAGGCGAACGACAUUGUGUAUGUGGCUGACCUAGGUGGCAGCUUGUACUCAGUGUCGUUGGAAGAUGGAGUUAAGACUGAGCUUGUGCGCAAUGAUGCUUGCUACACUGGUUUGACUCUUGUUUAG